AUGCUCGAGUUCGGCUCAACCAUUUUCUCCUCCAGUGUUCCACCUCGCGCCACAUGGUCAGCUGAGCCUCGGCUCUCCACACGUGUAGUGGACUACGUGGCGUGUACGGUAGCUGACGUGGGCCAUCGCGCCGCCGCCUCCACCUGGCGACGCCCUCGCGACUGGCUUCCUGACGAUGCUGCCCAGGACGUCCCCUUUUCUACCCUCUUCAACUGCUGCGCCUCACUCGGCGCCGUCCGGCCCGGCCGGGAAUUGCACGGCUACAUGAUAAGACGUACCGGAGGGAAUGCUCGCACCUGCUGCUCGGAGAGCUCCCUCGUGAGUUUCUACGCGAAGUGUGGGUUUACGUCGCAAGCACGGAAGGUGUUCGAUCAAAUGCCUGAAAGAGAUAUUGUUGCCUGGGCUGUGAUGCUGAAGGCCUAUGCUGACGGAGGGCACUACCGGAGCGAAAUGAUGCACCUAUUUGUAGAGAUGCUGUGCGAAGCCAUCGCACCGAAUUCCCACACCCUCAGUUUAAUGCUGAGCAAUGCUACGCCUGAUCUGGGUGAACAGCUCCAUGCAUCUGCAGUGAAGUGGGCAUUGGAUUCUGAUGCUUUUGUUGGGAGCUCCUUGGUCGAUUUCUAUUCUAGAAAUGGGAGCCUGGGUCUCGCCCAGCUGCUGUUCGACAGAAUUCCUCAGACAGAUGUAGUCUGCUAUAACUGUUUGAUAUCAAAGUAUGGAGGAGCUGGGAUAACAGAGGGCCUCAUAUCUUUGUACUCCGAAAUGUGCUCGAAGGAAUUGAUGCCGAAUCAAUCUACAUUUGUUGGACUGCUUGGCGGAUGCGCACAUUCUGGUUUGAUUGGCCUGUCAAAGCAGUUUCAUGCUCAAGCAAUCGUGCAGGGAUUCGGUUUCGAUGAGGUUGUCCAAGUGAUCCUCGUUGAUAUGUACGCAAAGUGUGGCGACAUUGAAUCUUGUCGCAUUGCCUUCGAUAUGUCUACCGUUAAAUAG